GCGCGCCUUCGCCUGCCUCGGGGGGCUCAACAGCGCCGGCCAGGUGCUGGGGUCGGUGGCGACGUACUUCUGCAUGCGCCAGCGGCUGGAGAACUACACGGUGCCCUGGUUGAUGUUUGCUGCCGUGGGGUUCGGCGUUUUUCUCCUAAUAGUCCUUGCCCUCCCCGAGACCUUCCCUGCCGAGCUGCGGAAGCCCGUCACGGGCAGCAUGCUGAACCCGCUGAAAUCUCAGUGGCAGGCGCUCUCGCUGCUUGCCCAGGAUCGGGUCCUGGCUGGCCUGGCCGGCCUGCACUUCCUGGUCAUGUUCCACUUUGUGGGGUUCAUCGUUCUUUCCUUCUCGUACCUCCUCCUGAACGGCUUCUCGAUGGAUCAGGCGCUACUGCCGGGCAUGCUCGGCAGCGUGGCCCAGGUGCUGUGGACGGGCGCAGCGGUGGUCAUGCUGCCGAGGCUCGGGCUCUGGAGCUGCUACAUCAGGAGAACAACCAGGCACGCGCUGUUCGCCGUCGCGUACAUGUUCUGGGGCCCCUACACCGUGCUCGUGGGCCCCGCGGGGCCCUACCUGGGGCAGGUGGUUCAGUCGGCCGCGUGGGCCCUGCUGGGCCCAGCGAUGAACGCGAUCGUCAGCGAGAGGACCCCAGAGCGACAACCAGGGUAA